AUGUCUAAUAAACCAGAGGAAGGUGAUAAAAUAAGAGGAGCCAAGCUUUUUAAAGUACGCUGUGGCCUCUGUCACACCACUGAAGAAGGAGGACCUAAUAAGGUAGGACCUAAUCUUCAUGGCAUUUUUGGUAGGAAAUCAGGACAAGUGAUAGGUUAUCAAUAUUCGAAUGCUAUUAUUGAAAAGAAUCAUAUUUGGGAUGAACAGGCUUUACAUGAUUUUCUUGAGAAACCAAAAAAAUAUAUUCCUGGAACAAAAAUGGCGUUUGCUGGCUUUAAAAGUCCAAAGGAUCGAGCUGAUGUUAUAGAAUAUUUAAAGGUAGUCAUUAUUUUUGUGUCUGCAUAUACCUAA